CAGUGACAACGCUGACAACCUACCAGAUCGCCCACUGUUCAAGUGCUUACUUGAUUCAACAACUUUUCCUUUCGUAGAAGGAUCGCAGUUGGCGGCGAGAUUACGAAGGUGGCUGUGAGUGCUGAAAGAACGAGCAAAAAAGUCUUCGGCAACAUGUUGAUUAUGCAUUAUUCUUUUUCGUAGAUAUUCGUUACAUUCGGAUGCGAUAGUUGAAAAGUAUUAGUGCUUUUGUGAUUCACUGCUUGGAUGUGAUUCUACUGCUUGACGUAUUUUGUGUUCUGAUACGUCACGUCCCCAAAGAUCAUCAACAUGAACCAUAGCACUGUCACUCCAGCUCACAUCAAACUACUCCUAGCCUGUAUUUUGUGGUGUACAACUGUAACUGCCAGAACAGCAAAUGAACCUUCAACGACAAGUGCACCAGAAGCCACAUCAGACAUACGAGUCGAAUGCAACAGCGAUGAAAUCCUCCUGAAAAUCAACACCAGAUCGGGACGUUUCAACGGCAUGAUCUAUCCGAGAGGAUUGUCGAAAAACAGUUCUUGCUUGGGUGAAUGGGUUCAAAAGAAGGUGCCCAUCGAAUAUACUCUUCCUCUCAGAGGUUGCAACACCAUGAGCACUGAACUUGACGAUGGCGGUAUCGAAUAUUUCAAUACGAUCGUGGUUCAGCCACAUUUGAAGCUGGUUACGAAUCAAGGAAGAGGAUUCCAUAUCAGAUGUCGAUACAACACUAGAAACAAUACUGUAAUGAAUGAUUCCCUGAAAGUAAAUUUAAUGUCCGCCGAUCUAGUCACCGCUCUGACCCCAAUGCCGGGCUGCAGCAUGAAGAUCUUCUCGGGCGACCCCACGGAAAAAGAAGUAGCCGAAAACGUGAAAAUCGGCGACCUCCUCACGCUCGUCGUUUCUCUCGACGAUCAAGACACCUAUGGCAUCCGCGUCACCGACUGCAUAGUGAAGGACGGCCUCGGCUGGGGCGAACAGAAGCUCAUCAACGACAAGGGUUGCCCGACGGACUCGGAGAUCAUGGGGAUGUUCCACUACUCCGAAGACAAGAUGAGGGCCUCAGUGCAGUUCCAGGCACAUAAGUUUCCUUACACGGCUUCCGUUUACUAUCAGUGUAACGUGAGGCUUUGUUUGAAAGCUGAUGACGGUUGCGAAGUUAUGGAACCGACCUGUAGCACGACCGGAGGCGGCAACAGGUUGCGGCGCCAAGCGACCGGACAGCCAUCUUCUUCUUCUGACCCGCUGGGUGAAGGCACGCCUGCCACCAUCGAAGUAUACAGCGGGCUGUACGUCAACGAGGCCAACGACCUCUCCAAAGCUGGAGAAGAAGACGACUCCGUCUACAGCGAAAAGACUACUGAUCAAUUCUGUAUAUCACCUAGGAGUUUUGCAAUAGGAAUUUGCAUAGCUGGACUGAUAUUGAUGCUGUGUGUUAUUGCGGCAGUCCUGUGUCUUUUAGCAAAGAGAAGAAGGAAGGCCACUUCACAUCCAGGCAGUUCCAUAUACAGUGGUCCAUAUACUAAUACUGCCUACAGCCAUACUAGUUGA